UGACAGCGUCCUGAAUCAUAACUACAUUUCUGCCGUUUGUAAGAAACCAAACCGUGUGAAUUGUGAUUAUUCUCAUUAAGCACAUAACUGUUAUUAAAAAUAAACAAAUGAAUCUGAACUUUUUAAGCAUGUAGUUUUGUUUUAGAAGUGUAUUUUCGGUAUUACUUCAUGGGAUUAAAAAAUACUGAAACUGAGAUAUCACCUUUCAGCUAAAAAUUAUGAGUUUAUUAUAUAUUAGAUUUGAUUCAUAUCACCCAGCCCUAAAAUAGACCUAAAAUAGUGCCUAAAAAGUGACAUAUACACAGUGGCCCCUACACCCAGAAGGGAGCACUUUUGGAAUACAGAUUAUACUGAACCCAAAUAUGUAUAAAAUGCUACACGCAUGGGCUCUGCAUAUAAUGGUAUGUAUGUAGUGUUUAUAAUGCUAAUCUCUUGGUAUAAAUAGGAUUUUACAACACUCCAUGUGUGUGUGUUGUGUAGGUAGAGUGUUUACUCCGGCAGUAGGAUGGAGAGUUUGGGGCUGCAGGCUGUAGCUCUGAGUGAUGGCUCCACCGCCUACGUCCAACAGGCCAUUAAUGACAGUAACCUGGUUGAAGGAGACACCAUCCAGCUGGAGGAUGGAACCACAGCCUAUAUCCAGCAGGUCACCUUGCAGAAAGACGCUCUGCCGUUUGAAGAUGGUCAGGUGGUCCAGCUUGAGGAUGGCACCACAGCCUACAUACACCACACACCUAAAGAUGGCUUCGACUCUGGUGCGGUGGAAGCAGUGCAGCUGGAGGAUGGAAGCACGGCGUAUAUACACCACCCAUCAUCCCUGCAGACAGGGGGCACUAUACUCACUGUACAGGCUGGGGGUGCACUGGAGGAGCUCACAGCGGACCCUGACACCCUCAGCACUCUGGAGACGUACGCAGCACGGCUGACAGGCUCUAAGAUAGAGAUGGAUGGGAACGGUGUUGGUGCUAAUGGAGUAAAACAGGCCACGGUGCAGCUGAUGCUGGAGGGGAAAGUGUGGGGGUCCAGUAAAACUCCUCAGGGGGAGAAAAGCUUCCAAUGCAGCUACGAGGGCUGCGGCCGACUCUACACUACUGCGCACCAUUUAAAGGUGCACGAGCGUUCUCACACAGGUGACCGGCCGUACCGCUGUGAGAUUCCCACCUGCACUAAAGCCUUCUCCACCGGAUACGGCCUGAAGAGCCACCUGCGCACACACACCGGAGAGAAGCCCUACAAGUGUCCUGAGGACAUGUGCUACAAAGCCUUUAAAACCUCAGGAGACCUGCAGAAACACGUCCGCACACACACUGGGGAGAAGCCAUUUAAGUGUCCGUUUGAGGGCUGUGGGCGCUCCUUCACCACCUCCAACAUCAGGAAGGUGCACAUGCGCACACACACAGGUGAGAGACCGUACCUGUGUCCAGAGCCAGCAUGCGGACGGGGCUUUGCCAGCGCCACCAACUACAAAAACCACAUGAGGAUACACACAGGAGAGAAGCCGUAUCUGUGUACAGUUCCUGGCUGUGGGAAGCGUUUUACAGAAUACUCCAGUCUGUAUAAACACCACGUUGUGCACACACACUGUAAACCCUACAGCUGCACACACUGCGGGAAAACCUACAGACAGACCUCCACCCUCGCCAUGCAUACACGCACCGCACACGGAGAAGAGACAGAAGGGAUGGAAUCCUCUCAGCACCAGCAGAGUGUGUAUGCAGAGGGGGCGGAGCAGAAGGAGGAGUCUCAGGCUUCCAUGGAGUCUGAGGAUGUCAUUGGCACUCAUGUGGAUCUGACCGUCGAUGAGCUGCAUGCUCUCACUGCUGGCAUCACCAUGGUAACACAAGACGGCACCACCAUCACCGUCCCCGCCCACCAGAACAUCAUGAGCGGCAGGCAGCAACACGUUGCCAUGGUUACGCAAGACGGCAAAGAGCUGCAGCAGGUUGCUAUCGUUACAUCAGAUGCCAUCAUGCCAGUCGGAUCAGAAAUGAGUUCUCCUCAGUGUCAGCAGGUGGCGCUGUUGGCCACAGCAAACGGCACGCAGAUAGCAGUACAGCUGGAGGAGCAGCAAACAUUAGAAGAAGCAAUCAGCAUGGCCACUGCCACAAUACAGCAGGGACUGACCCAGGAUCAGCCAGAUCCCUGACCCAAGCACCUUCUAAAACAUCAGUGUUCCACAGAUCUGACCCAGAAUCAGCCUUUAACCUGACCACAGCACCUGCAGAAACAACAGAAUCUACAUAUCUGACCCAGGAUCAGCCUCAACCCCAAUCCAAGCACCUGCAGAAACAACAUAAUCUACAGAUCUGACCCAGGAUCAGCAUUUAAAUCUGCAGAAUAAACAUUAACUAAAAAUCUGACCUAGGAUCAGCCUCAAACCCAAUCCAAGAAUCUACAAAAACAACAGAAUCUAUAAAUCUGACCCAGGAUCAGCCUCAAAGUUGACCACAGCACCUACAGAAACAUCAUUAUCUAAAGAUCUGACCCAGGAUCAGCUUUAAACCUGACCACAGCAUCUACAGAAACAGCAUUAUCUAAAUAUCUGACCCAGAAUCAGCCUCAAACCUGACCACAGCAUCUACAAAUAAACAACAGAAUCCACAGAUCUGACCCAGGAUCAGCCUUAAGUCUGGAUCAAAGUCUGGGGGUUUCUCUGGAUUACAUCAGAGCAACAGGACAGAGCCAGCAGAGACAGAUUCAGAUACUGGUCUCAGAUCAGUGCUUUUAGGCCAGCAGUGCCUAAUUCAGGAAGAAAUUUAAUAAAGCAGGAUUUUCUCAGUUAGCUGGAUAACUUAAGCCGAACUUAAAGGCUGAAUGAAAGUCCAGACACUUUUAAAACUUGCAAUACUUACUACAGAGGUGUUGUUUCAAGUACUUUCAAGGUCAAUACAUUUCAUAUCUAGUGCUGUUUAGCUGCUCAAUUUCACACUUAGAUUGCUAAAAUUAUUAAAAAUGCCCCCAUAAGACACAAAAUUGAGAAUAUGCUAAUGUUAGCCAUGUCUAAGCCUGACUUUAGCCCAGUCUGGACGGGAUUAGUUUCUCAGGGGAAUGUGUUUAAAAAAUACUUCCCACUUCUACUCAAUGAUAAAACUUGUGCGUCCAGACUGCAAUUGAAAAAACAGUUCAGUAGCUCCUCCAUUUCCACUCGCUGUUGUGUUUUUACGUGGAUCUCCGUGGAAACGCGCGCCCAAAGUGUACAGUAAUUACGGUGUGCAGCAGUGGACAAAUAGCUAUUUUAUUAAAGGCGAGGAGACGAAACUCAGAGAUGUGUGUCCGGACAGGACUAAAAUUACCGGAGGAGCACGGAGUUCAGAAAAAAACAGUAGAUAAUUCAGCCUGUAAUUUUUUAUCUCAGAGGACGUCUGAAAAAAACACGUACAUCGUUCUGGACGGGAAUAAAAUCACAGAGGAUAAAAACCCCCAUAAAAGUGAAAAUUACCCAGAACCCCAGAGAAAAUAAUCUCGUCCAGUUUUAUUCUCACCUACUGACUAAUUAAAUGUAUUAAAAAUAUUUUUAAACCUCAUUUUGCGGUUAUUGUAUGGUGAGUUAGCAAGCAAGCUUAUUGCUAUAUAAGUUAGCACAUCAGCUAAGUGGAAAUAGGCCCACAAAACACUUAAUGACACUAAAACCUUCUUAAAAAAACACACAAAACUUUCAUACUUUCAGUCAGUUUGGGUGCAAAACCAAAGUAACAGAUGUGAAAGUGGGUGUGAACCACAGUCUGGACCAAAGAACCAGCGUUUGGUCCGACCAAAAGAGUUGUUCUCUUUCUGGAUCUGAACUACUGAACGCAACAGUAUGAACACAAAGGUUUAAAACAGGAAUUAAUUUAUUUAUUUACAGUACAUUAACUCUUAUUUAUAAACAGGAAUAAACAUAAUCUUAAUGGAAUGAUUACACUCAUUCUGCCGCUGCAUAAAGAGAACUAGAAUUCAGCACAAAAUUCACCUAAAAGCAAAGCAACUCAAAGCCAAACUCAUAACCACUCGCUGAACUGCAGUGUGAAACCGAAACUAAACGGAUCAAAUAGAGCAUAUGCAAUAUAAAAAACAUGCAAACCUUAGUGCGGACUCUGGUUUGGACUUUGAGGUGUGAAAACUUCUAUAUAAAAUAGAAAAACGUAACAUUAUUCUGAUGGGUUAGCUGUUUAGCAUGCUCUAGCGGCUAGCUGUGUUAGCACCUCAGCUAAGUUGAGUUGAGUGCACACACAAAUAACACACUGCUAAUCACCCACCAUGACAAAUACCUACACUUGUUUUUUCUGUUUAGCGCAAAGGAGUGUAUAGUUAAUUUAUUCGAUUAAUUUUUUUGAACAUUUUGUGCACUUUGUUUCCCAUUUACCUAAUGUUAGCAUUAAUGCUAACCGCACUAAUUUGGAGGAUUUUUGAGCUCAACCGUUCCAGCUAACUGAGAAAACCUGCUUUAAAUCUUUUCUUUGAGUGUGUGUGUGUGUGUGUGUGUGUGUUUCAGAGCAAGAGUGCUGAGAUGUGCAUUUUGAAAAACAAAGUUAAUAUAGAGGAGUUUUUUUUUUUCAAAGCCUUUGUGUGAAUAACUUGUACAUUUGUAAAUAAAAGAUUACAUAAAAUAAACUAAAAAUCAAACAUUUGAA